GAGGAGUGUGUCUGUAAAUAAUAAAGCAGCAGCGGCGGCAAAAGAAGGGAAUGGGAUUGGAUUCAUCUUCCUCCCUCUCUCUCUCUCUGUGAUUCCAUCCCUACCAUUUCCUUUCCUCCCUCUGAUUCCAUGGCGCACUGAAAAGGAUUGGGUGCUGCCCGCCGGAUCUAUCCCCCCGCUUCCCUCUUCCUCAUCUUCUUCUUCCCAACCUCAGAGCAGCAGCACUCCCUCACCUCCGAUUUCAGAGAACCUACCUACCUUCCUUCCAUCCUUCCGUGUCAAAUCCCCCAACCUAGAUAGAUAGACACACACACAGACAGACAGACAGAUGGCGGCCUCGGCGCCGGCCCCUUCCGCACGCUCCCGGGCCCUCGCCUCCGCGCCCGCGCCGGCCACCUCCAGGCGCCCCAAUGCCACUCCCGCAGCAGACGCCGCCGCGCCCUCCACCUCCACCUCCACGACAUCCCCUCCUCCUUCCUCCCCGCCGUCCGCUCCACCUCCAAAGCUCGCCGCCUCGCCGCCACCGACGCCGCCUGCCGCGCUCCCACCUCCAAAGCCCGCGCCUUCCACUUCCACGCCGCCUCCAACCACCACAAGCCCACCUUCCCCGCCUCCCAAGCGCCCCCCCGCCGCAGCGCCACCCCCAACAACCACGGCUCCUGCGCCAAGACCAACGCCGGCCGCUCCAGCUCCAAGAACCGAGCCGACCUCUCCCUCCCCCACUGCCUCGCCCCCCGCCCACGCCCCGCCGCACGCCAAGCCAUCGCCCCCUCCCUCGGCCGGCCACCACCCGCAGCUGCCGACGCCGGCCACGGCCGUCGACCCGGCCAACCAGCACGGCAGGAGCCCCAACAAGUCCUCCACGCAGUCCGCCGGGGAGCGGGGCAAGGCCUCCGCCACGCCGAGCAACAACGGGGGGGCCAGCAACAGCGUCGUCAUCGCCGUCGGCGCCGUGCUCGCCUUCCUGGUGGUCACCCUCAUAGCGGCCGCCGUUCUCUACACCAAGAAGCGCCGGAGGGGGAGGGACGACUACCGCCCCGGGUUCAGGUCGCCGCCGUACUCUUCUUCAGAGCUACCACCCUCAGGUUCAGUUCCUUCGGGCGGCGGCUCGGCGAACGCGGCAAUGUUGUCGUCGGCCGACCCCUCCGUCCACACCAACUACAGCGCCGGGAGCCCGAGACUGAAAGCGUGCCUGUCCGACAUGAGCGUGGGCAACUCGCGCUUCUUCACGUACCAAGAAAUGUACCAGAUCACCGACGGCUUCUCGCCGCGCAAUUUGCUCGGCGAAGGAGGGUUCGGGUCGGUGUACAAGGGCCGGCUGCCCGAAGGGAAAGACGUGGCUGUCAAGCAGCUGAGGGAUGGCAGUGGGCAAGGGGAGCGCGAGUUCCAAGCCGAGGUGGAGAUAAUCAGUCGGGUGCAUCACCGGCAUUUGGUGUCUCUCGUGGGGUACUGCAUUGCCAAUAGCCAAAGGCUGCUCGUCUACGAUUUCGUGUCGAAUGACACCCUGCAUUAUCAUCUCCACGGACAGGGAAGGCCUGUUUUAGAGUGGUUGGCUAGGGUUAAAAUUGCUGCCGGUGCUGCUCGUGGAAUAGCAUACCUGCAUGAAGAUUGCCAUCCAAGGAUAAUCCACCGAGACAUCAAAUCCUCAAACAUUUUGUUGGAUAAUAACUUUGACGCACUGGUGGCCGAUUUUGGUCUUGCAAGACUGGCUUUGGAUGCUGUAACACAUGUAACUACACGGGUUAUGGGGACAUUUGGAUACAUGGCUCCAGAGUAUGCAUCGAGUGGCAAAUUGACUGAGAAAUCUGAUGUGUUCUCUUUUGGUGUUGUACUUUUAGAGCUUAUGACUGGUCGAAAGCCUGUUGAUUCAUCCAGACCAUUGGGUGAUGAGAGCCUUGUUGAGUGGGCUAGACCAUUGCUUAGUCGAGCUCUUGAGACGGGAAAGCUGGAAGGGUUAGUCGACCCCAGGCUUGAGAGGAAUUUCAAUGAGGUCGAAAUGUUUCGUAUGAUUGAGUCUGCAGCAGCCUGCAUUCGACACUCGUCAUCAAAGAGGCCCAGAAUGAGCCAGGUGGUGCGGGUCCUCGAUAGCUUAGCGGAUAUUGACCUAACAAACGGUGUCCAGCCAGGGCAAAGCGAGCUCUUCAACGUGGCAAACACCGCGGAUAUCAGGAUGUUCCAGCAGAUGGUGCAGGGCAACCAGGACGACAGUUCCGCCUUCAGCCAAUAUAGCUGGAUCAGUCGCAGUAGGGCCGACGCCGAAGCGACCUCCUCAAACUCCCGGAUCUUGUGAUCAUCUUUGUUUCUGUGCGCCACGUGUACGUAGCCAUUCUUCUCGACCCACUGAUUCGGCCGGGCUGUGUCGACCAUCGAAAAAAGUCUGGUGUAAUUCUUGCCUUGUUACGAUGAUUGCUCGUGUGUAGAUCACAUGAGGAAGAUGUACUCUUGUUUGACAAAUUAUUAAGCUAGCUGUUGUUGUGGUUGUUGACUAA